ACAUAUUACAUUUAUUAAAUUCAAAUUUUUCAUAAUGCUCGCUGCUCGUAAUUCCGCAUUCGUGUUCCUUGUGUAUUGUUAUAUCUAGUAGGUAUUAUAGUUUGUGUAGUUACAAACAUUUUUUUUAAAUUUUAUGACAACUACUAAACAGAAAAAUUAAACAAACAAUAUUAAUUUUACAAUUACCCACUGGACAAACGAAACGCAGAAUAAAGGUACAUCUACUGUAAGCCAAGUACAACAACUGUGGAGAUAAUCAUGGCAGAACAGUUCAAACAUUUUUAUACAUUCUUGCAGGAGAAAAAAUUUUGCGAUAUCACUUUGGUAAGCGACGAAGGCUUAGAAAUACAAGCACACAAAAUUAUACUAGCCUCUGCGAGCUCUGUAUUUUAUACUAUGUUCACUGCACCUUUUAAAGAAAGUAAAGAAAAUGACAUUGUUAUAAAAAAAAUGGACUCUAAAGUUUUACAAGCCAUCGUAAAAUUUGCAUACACAUCCACAGUUGAUAUUAAAGAACGUUAUGUAGAGAAACUGUGGUUGGCUGCCGAUUUUUAUGAUCUAUGCUAUAUCAAAGAAUCGUGUUCAGAGUAUAUUAAAGAAAACAUAAAUCCUACAAAUUGUGUAAGCUUUAUGAAAACUUCCGACUUAAUAUCGGACAAAGAGAUUUAUGCAUUUUGUUGGUCGUAUUUCCUAAAAAAUUUUACAAUGGUUGUGAAUUCAGAUUUGGCAUUGAAAGAGAUAUGUGAAUUUCCAAUUGAUUAUGUCCUCAAGUUUAUUAAACACGACGAUUUAGUAAUUAAUAAUGAGGAAAAGAUAUUUGAUUUCAUUAUUUGUUGGAUAAGCCAUAAUACAUAUGAACGAAGUCACUUGUUAUCCAAUCUUAUGAAACACUUACGAUUGCAUUUAAUUUCGGAAGAAGGACUACAACGUAUAUGCAAUGAGCCGUUAGUGAGAAGUAACAUAGAUAUUCUGAUGGACUUGAAAAAAGAAAUGGCUAAUACAAAACCUUUAUAUACAUUAGGAAGAAAUACCGAGCCAAAUAUAAUUUUUGCAAUAAACGGUCAUACAAAUGGCCGCGAUUACUGUAUAAAGUAUAUGGAUACCAGAAGCGAGGACAACUUGGAGUGGAAAACGAGCAAUCAUUUAGUUUUCUGUCCUCCCCGUAAAGACACAAUAAUGGUGGUGACGGAGAAUGGAUUUAUGCUCUCCAUUGGCGGCACGGAUGAGUCUGGUAAUGAUGUCAAUCUUGUAGAUGAGCUAGACCUUAAGUCAACAUCAAAACAAUGGGUUCCCACAACACCACUAAAUAAACCACGGACUUUUUUCGAAGUCUGUACUCACAAACAAUACAUAUAUGUCGUUGGAGGAUUUAAUUCUUCGGGUAGAUGUUUUUCGAAUUCAGUAGAGUAUUAUGAUACAAAUUCCAAAGUAUGGACAGAAAUCGCUGAACCAAUGCCAACGGCUCGAUGCCGGUGCAGUGCAAUAAUCAGUAAUAAUCAAUUAUACGUUUUUGGUGGAGCUAAUGAAAAUUAUCUUGCAACUGUAGAAUGUUACGACAUUGGAAAGAAAUAUUGGAAACAACUCGAUCCAAUGCCGAUAAGCAAUUCUAGGAUGGCUAUUACGAGAAUAUUGAACGUCAUUUAUCUCAUUGGCGGUUACAAAGCCCUUAGACGAGUUCUAAAAUUCGACUUACAACAUUUCAAUUGGGAUGAAAUGCCCAAUAUGCACUCGGGCACAUAUGAUGGAACAUCGAGUGUUGUUAUCGGGGACAAAGACUUGUUCGUGUUUGUCAACGAUUACGGAACACUUCAGAGAGAAAGAUACGACGCAGAAGCAAAACAAUGGCAAUUGGUUGAUAAGACAGGAGAGCCAUCGCAAGGAUUUGGUCGUAAUAUCAUUGCUUUAAAUGAUUUUACACUGAAAUCAUACGGUAUUCACUUGUAAUACUAUUUUUUGACAAUAAAAUUGGUAAAUAAAAUUUGUUUCAAAAUUAUUCAAA